GUUAAUGAGCAUAAAAAAAACUGUAAACAUAUGCGUCACACGGAAGAUAUGGAAUUUUAUCUUUUGUGAUUGGUUUAGUAUCAGCUUGUCUUUCUUCUUCCUCUAUAAAAUUUCCACAUUGUUACAGAUUCGUUAUCUACAGCCCAGACCGUCUUCAACUGGAUUUUCCAGAUCACCCAGACUACAUCUACUUCCUUUUCAUUUUUGUGCCACAAAAACGUGCACACAUACAAUAUCCGUGCGCACAUACAACAGCAACAGUAGCGUUUAUGUCAGCAAUGGAAUAUCAUUAGCAUAUAUUUCCCUCUCUGCAACCAGAACUCAUGUGAUUUAUGGUUUUGGGACUUCCUCAGUUCUGCAGCCUAGCUUUGCAUUUACCAACAAGCACACUUGUGUUGCCUCAGAGAGGAGUGCCACUGGUUUGUACAGCGGUGAACCCUUUAGUUAGUUUCACAAGUGGCAGCUACAUUAAUGACACAAAUGUGAUGAAUGAAAUUUAUUACAGAACAUACAAAUUUCUCAAAAAAUGCCCCAGUCUGACAUGUGGAGACAUAACACUGCUUGUAUAACAGGUGCUUGUUUCCCAGAUUUCUCAGGCGAGUACACUUACUGAUUAAAUCCAGGCGUAGCCUAUCUACUGUAUGUGGACAAACCACCCACAUACUCUGCAUAAGAACUUCUAUAAAUGAGCAGGAUACAACACGGUGCACACUUUACAAGGCUGGAGCUGAAGGUGUUCAGGAUGGAUAAAAGCUGCUGGAAACUGGCCCAGGUUGUUCUGGUGAUGUUAAUCAGCAUCAACGCUGAAGCCUUAUUCUCCUGCCACAUGGAAGACUUCAUUAAGGCUGUAAAGCAGGUCGAAGAUCAGGACCCUGKCUCAGAGCCGUUAGCCGUGUUAAAGAAGCUUCGCCGGGCAGCCGGUCUUCAUGAUGCAUUCAUUCAGAACUUCCUGGGAAAUGCUGACACCGGGGSUUCAGAACUGCAUCGUGACCUCUCAAAUUACAUCUGGAAAGUUGUUCAUCACAGAGUGCUGGAAGAUGCCAGAGAAGAAGGUCUGGUUCUGACCCCUGAUGGUACCACGGUCGCCCUUGGACCCCUCCUCCUGGGUCUUGAGGCCGGCUUCUCCAAGAUUGGCGCGUCACGCCUCUAYCAGCUGACUCUGGCCAAAGAUCUGGGCCUCGCUCUCGGCUCUCCUGAAGAACAUCGAUUYGGACCCGACGGCUGCUGGGACAACCUAACCUUUCCUCAAGUCUUCACCCUCUCAGACAAACCCUCCCUACUCACCACAGCUCAGGUCAACGGAGGCAUGGAYGGUGUGAUACUUGGUACGGAGGUUUCUGCCGAUUCAAGAGGUUCUUUCAAUCUGAGCAGUCUACUGAGGGACUACUACAGUCAGCAGCUGGGYGGCAAGGGAAUGGACGGUGCGCCCCGUCUAAUCAGCCGACGCCGCAGGGAGAACUUUAAAGCCCUAGCCCCUCCUUCCUUGCUGGCCAGACAUGUGGGAAACUCAGUUAACCUGCGACAGACCCUGGAAGGACACCCAAAGAUGAYGAAAAAGAUGAAGCGGCAGCUGGUGACUGCAAUAAAAAAGGAAAUGAAACAGUUUGUCCACAUGUACAUGGAUUGUCCUCCCUUCAUUGCUCGGUGUAUGUGGGGGGCAGAGCCGUACAGAGGAACACCCACCAACCUGACCCUGCCUCUGUCCUACAUGUAYAUCCAUCACACCAGCACUCCCAGCCAGCCCUGCCUGACCUUUGAGCAGUGCUCUGCAGACAUGCGAUCCAUGCAGCGCUUCCAYCAAGAAGACCGAGGCUGGGAUGACAUCGGCUACAGCUUUGUUGCCGGCUCUGAUGGGUACAUAUACGARGGUCGAGGGUGGUCCUGGCAAGGAGCCCACACUUAUGGACACAACUCCAAAGGCUAUGGAGUUUCCUUCAUUGGAGACUACUCCACCCGGCUGCCGUCUCAGCACUCCAUGGGGCUGGUGAGAGACCAGCUGGCAUCCUGCGCUAUAGGAGGUGGGCGGCUGGUGUCCUCCUUCACUGUGCAGGGGCACAGGCAGGUGGUGAACACGUCCUGUCCCGGAGAGGCUUUCUAUCAGGAGAUCAAAGGCUGGGAACGCUUUGGGGAGGUGAAGAACUGAAAACCUUUGUGUGACAAGAAGAUGCUGGAAGCUGCUCAAACCAUAAACAAUAAAUAAAUACUCUUCCUGUUCCCA